AUGAGCAUUUCGAGCUCAAAACAGCCCCCUGACGGCGAAAUGAACAUCACACCACGUUCGCCCACCGGCGAAGAAGGCGUCCGACGCACUUCCGAUGUGUGGAGGCACAAUCUGCACAAUGAUGACCUCAAAUUCGAGUGCCGAUAUUGUGGCGCAAAAUUUCUGCGGGCCCACGGCACAUCGGCAUUCGGCAAGCAUUUGGCCGCCGUGCAUCAAAUUCGAGUGCUGAGCAACAAACGCCGUCCAUCACCACCGACGUUGCUGAAUGGCAAAAAAGCCAAGACUGAACCGGAAAUGGACAUCACUGACCUGAUUGUUGAUGAAGACGAGGAACCCUACGGCUCAAACUCAAUCUCCCUAGCCUCAUUUCAUAACGACAACCGAGCCGACGACGGACUCGACGAAAUGCUGAUGAGCGUCAGGGCGGCCAUGACCAAUAUGGAGGGAAUUGCCCACUAUUUUACGCGAGACAAGGUUCAACAACAUGAGAACGCUCGUCUACGUCGGCGUGUCGCAGAGUUCGAGCUUGAAAAUGCAACCCUGCGAAAGAAGAUCAUCAUCGGACAACAGAAUUAUGGCGAGGAGCCGGCACCAAAAGUUACGAUCCCAAAAGAGACAAAACCAUCGACUCCAUUGCUCUGCGUAAUGGAGAAGCAGCUCGAGGAGCUGAGCCAAUCUCCGAGUUGCAGCACUGUCGCCGAAACAGAGUCGACGGAGCGGCACUUCUUCCCGUUGGCCAGGCCCAAAACCGAGACGGUUCGACUCCAUUGUCUCGACAAAGCCAACCCUAUCCGCUGGAGCCGAAAGAAGGAGAUGCAAAAGGCUUCCACCGAAAUGGUUCGCAUGAUGGUUCCAUCCCAAAUUCUACCCGUAUUAAACACCACCAAUGAUGAUAUCCUGCAAGCCAUCGGGGAGCGGGACAUGAUCAACGGCGGGGGACGGACCCCGAUCACCAUUCCGCCCGAUUUGAUAACCCAAGCUGCAGGU